AUGGAAGACGAUGGCUCUGCUUUGUCUCGGGAUUUGGAUGCACAGAAUCCUUAUGAUCGAUUGCUUGCUCUAGGUACAAGUUCCAUAGAUUCAAAUUGUAACUUGGAUUCAGUUUCUGCCAUUUAUCUAGCAAUGAAGAGCUCGAAGCUGGAAUGUGUUGACGAGGGUGGCCAAGAUUCCCUUAUAACCUCGGUAUGCAUGGAGGAUGAAGAGGAUGAGGAACUCGACGAGUUUGAUCCUUAUCUCUUUAUCAAGAAUUUGCCAAACUUGUCUUCUGUUGUCCCGACUUUCAGGCCGGUCUUGCUUCCUAAACAAACCCGAAGCUGCCCUCCUAUUUCUCUAGUCCUAGACCUCGAUGAAACUCUUGUGCACUCGACUCUAGAACCGUGUGAUGAGGUAGAUUUUACAUUCCCUGUAAAUUUUAACGAAGAAGAGCAUAUGGUGUAUGUGCGGUGCCGUCCUCACCUCAAAGAGUUUAUGGAGAGGGUGUCCCGUCUUUUUGAGAUCAUUAUAUUUACCGCUAGCCAAAGUAUUUAUGCUGAGCAACUUCUGAAUGUGCUUGACCCUAAGAGGAAGCUCUUUCGCCAUAGAGUGUACCGUGACUCGUGUGUUUUCUUUGAUGGUAACUACCUAAAAGAUUUGUCAGUCCUCGGGCGUGAUUUAUCUCGUGUUAUCAUCGUCGACAACUCCCCACAGGCUUUUGGAUUCCAAGUGGAGAAUGGGGUGCCAAUAGAGAGCUGGUUUAACGACCCGACAGAUAAAGAACUCCUUCACUUGCUCCCGUUUCUCGAAAGCUUAAUUGGAGCAGAAGAUGUAAGGCCGAUGAUCGCCAAGAAAUUCAAUCUACGGGAAAAGGUUGACGCAGCUGUAGCUGCACCUGAGUAUCCUACUGACGUAGGAGAUCCAUUCGAAAGGUAA